UUGGUUUUACAAAAGUCAAAAUGGCCGUAGCUGUUCGUUUAGUUGAGGUUCUGACCUUAAUUACACUACUAGGAAUGCUGACGGGCUUAUCUAUUGUGAUCGUGAUUCUGCAACGCCUAAUCGUGGUUACUUUAUAUCUGCUCGGUCCCAUAACAGCAACAGUGGGCGGAAUACUAUACGCUUCAGAAAAAAUACUUGUCGGAGCAUUAAUGAGUAUAUUGAACUUAACCACGGCACUUAGUACCUCAACAUAAACAUACAACAGAUAAAAUUAUUGGUUGUGUUAAAGGGGACUCUUAUUAAUUAUGUGCUUUAAAGAUAUACAAAAAAAACGUAAAAUUUUAGUAAUGUCAUGCAUAACUUACGUUUAUUAUAUUUAUUUUUCGUAUUUUUAUUAGUGUUAAAAUUUUCAUGUUUUCAAAUAUAUAGUAAUAAUAAUAUAAUAUUUAUGUUAUGUUCUUUUAUUAUUUCAA